UCCAGUGCGAAGGGAGAACUCGGAAGGGAGCAACACCCUCAGGAGCCACAGAAAGAAGUCAGCCGGAGACGCAGCCGCUUUCAGCAUGCGGUCUGUCGGGAUGCAGACGCUGGGGAGUAGCCUGGCACUCCUGGGAUGGCUGGGGGUGAUCCUCUCCUGCGGCCUCCCCAUGUGGAAGGUUACAGCUUUCAUCGGGACAAACAUUGUGACGGCGCAGAUCAUCUGGGAGGGCAUCUGGAUGAACUGUGUGAUGCAAAGCACAGGCCAGACACAGUGCAAGAUGUAUGAUUCCACACUGGUGCUGAGCCCUGACCUGCAGGCGGCACGUGCCUUAAUGAUCAUCGCCAUCAUUCUGGGCAUCACGGGGCUCCUUCUGGCCUUCAUUGGGGGAAAGUGCACCAACUUCGUAGCAGAGGGGCUCACCAAGGCGAAGCUCACCAGUGCCGCUGGCUUCAUCCUGAUUUCGACCGGCAUCCUGUGCCUGGUACCCGUCUCCUGGACGGGCAGCACCAUCAUAUCGGACUUCUACAACCCCCUUUUCACCGACGCACAGCGCAGGGAGAUAGGCGCCUCUCUCUACAUCGGCUGGGGUGCCACCGUCCUGCUCAUCCUGGGAGGAAUCCUGCUUUUAAAUCUCUGUCCUCCCAAAGAGGAGAAGAGCCCCUCUGUUAAGUACCUCAUUGUGAGGUCAUCAAGAGCACCCAGCAAAGUGAGCUCAGUGCGCACAGGAGCCCCUUCCACCAGGCCAUCCACUCCAGCAAAGACAUACAUAUGAGUGUGGAGUAUGGAGGACACCU